AUAAUGAAUUGGGGUUUGAAAUUAUUGUUCACAUUAACAAAUUUUUACAUCAACUAAAUAUAAUUGCAAAUAUAAGUAUUGUGUCCACGAAAAACAUCUUGAUUGCAAAUUUUUAACACAUCAAUUGACAAAACGCUGUGACAAACAUAAAUAUGUCAAAACAAUCGAUGGCCGGACAGUUGAUAGAUGUGGACGGAUAUAAAAUUCAUUACGAAAGGGUCGGCACUGGACCUAAUGUUAUACUUUUACUGCCCGGCGGUCUCGGAACCACUCGAUCAGACUUUAGUAUACAAUUAUCCGAAGACAAAGGCUUUAAUGGGCGCAAAUUCACUAUGAUCGCUUGGGAUCCGCCGGGCUAUGGCUUUAGUAGACCUCCAGUCCGAGAGUACAGCAAAGAUGUCUAUAAACGAGACGCCUAUUUGGCCGCAACCCUAAUGAAUAAAUUGGGGUUUAAAUUGUAUUCAGUGUUGGGUUGGAGUGACGGCGCAAAGACUGGUCUUCUAAUGGCAAUCAAAUAUCAAUCAAAUAUCGAGAAACUUGUGAUUUGGGGCGGAAAUGCAUAUGUCUUACCACAAGAAAAAUACGCGAUCCAUGCCAUCAGAAAUAUAUCCAAAUGGAAACGACAAACACUUAUGUUCUUUGAGUCGGUUUAUGGCAAUGAAUUACAGGUGCUGUGGAAUCGACACGUAAACCAUUAUAUGAACAAUUUGGACGAUAUCUGCAGGAAUGAGGUCCACAAGAUUCGGUGUCCAACACUAGUGCUACAUGGUGAUUUGGAUCCAUUACCUGAAGAACACCCGCUAUUCCUAACCGAUAAGAUAUAUGAUUCCCAGUUAUAUCGGUUCACUCGCGGCUCACAUAAUAUACACCAGGAAUGUAGCGAUGAAUUCAAUAGAGUUGUCACCGAUUUUCUCUUAGAAGAUAACUAUUAGUUAAAUGUUUGUCUUCG